AUGGUCACGUUUUCUGUGACCAGACAGAGAAGCAAUGGAACUGGAGAAUACAAGGAAAGGAAGAGUAUAACUUGUGUUUUCUGUUUCAGGAAAGAAGGAUUGUCCAAAUGUGGAAGAUGUAAACAGGCCUUUUACUGUGAUGUGGAAUGUCAGAAGGAAGACUGGCCAAUGCACAAGCUAGAAUGUUCCGCUAUGUGCGCUUUUGGGCAGAACUGGAAUCCCUCAGAGACUGUGAGGCUAACGGCGAGGAUCCUUGCCAAACAGAAAACUCACCCGGAAAGAACACAGUCAGAGAAGCUGCUUGCUGUAAAAGAGUUUGAAUCACACCUUGACAAACUAGACAAUGAAAAGAGAGAGCUGAUUCAGAACGACAUUGCUGCUCUUCAUCACUUUUACUCAAAGCACUUGGAAUACCCUGACAAUGCUGCCCUUGUAGUUCUCUUUGCACAAGUUAAUUGUAAUGGCUUCACAAUUGAAGAUGAAGAACUCUCUCAUUUGGGAUCAGCCAUAUUUCCCGAUGUUGCAUUGAUGAACCAUAGCUGUUGCCCAAAUGUGAUUGUAACUUACAAGGGAACCUUGGCUGAAGUCAGAGCUGUUAAAGAGAUUGAACCUGGAGAAGAGGUUUUUAGCAGCUAUAUUGACCUGUUGUAUCCCACAGAAGACAGAAAUGACCGGUUACAAGACUCGUAUUUCUUUAAAUGUGAUUGCAGGGAGUGCGUUACAAAGGAAAAGGAUAAAGAGAAACUGGAAAUCCGUAAACUGAAUGACCCUCCAUCAGCAGAGUCGGUCCGGGACAUGAUCAAAUAUGCCAGGAAUGUGAUUGAGGAAUUCAGGAGAGCCAAACACUACAAAUCUCCUAGUGAAUUACUGGAGAUCUGUGAACUUAGCCUGGAGAAGAUGGCUGCAGUGUUUGAAGACAGUAAUGUUUAUAUGUUACAUAUGAUGUACCAGGCCAUGGGAGUCUGUCUCUACAUGCAGGACUGGGAAGGUGCACUGCGUUAUGGGCAAAAAAUUAUCAGACCAUACAGUAAGCAUUAUCCCUCCUACUCGCUGAAUGUUGCCUCCAUGUGGCUGAAAUUAGGGAGACUGUAUAUGGCGCUGGAGAACAGAACGGCUGGAGUUAAAGCCCUGAAGAGGGCAAUUGCUAUCAUGGAAGUAGCACACGGGAAAGAUCAUCCAUACAUUUCAGAGAUCAAAAAGGAAUUAGAGGAUCACUGAGCCUUUGAAUCUAUGCAAUCCUUCAAACCUUUAUUUAAAAAGCCUUGUUAUGGAAACCUUCAGGAAACCUUUGAAAAGCAGUAGAGUAUGAACACAGUCUUGUCCUAUAAUUGGAAUGACAAACACACUUAGGCCUUGUAAAAUGUUCCUGAGCUUCCACACAUCUACACUUGCCUUUUUUGUUUCUUUUUUUUUUUUUUGAAGGGAAGCAUCCAUGGUUUCUUAAAGAUUAUGCCUUUUUGACAGCUCACAUGCAAAAAUAGACUUUUUUUCACCAUGGAUUUUAAUGUUUGUCUAAUUUCUGUAAAGUAAAUAAAGCUGUCUUGCCCCCUCUU